AUGGCAAACAGAAAGGCAGAGCGCACUAUCGAUAUAUACUCAGGGUGUACCCUCACUCUAGACAAUCAUUCAUUUAAAAUCGACCUUAUGCCGGUAACAAUAAAAAGUUUCGACAUAAUCAUCGGUAUGGAUUGGUUAAGUUCUCAUCGUGCCGGCAUUCUAUGUUACGAAAUGGUCGUUCGCCUCAAUCUGCCAAGUGGCGAAACCCUUCUCGUCUACGGUGAUAAACCCAGUGCAAACCUACAAAUCAUCUCUUGCGUCAAGGCUCAAAAGUAUCUCCGAAAGGAAUACCACGCCUUCUUAGCCCACGUAGUAGAUAAGAAACAAGAGAUGAAAGAUAUCAAAGACAUUCCAGAAGUGUGCAACUUUCCCGACGUAUUCCCUGAAGACCUUCCAGGCGUACCCCUCGCACGACAAGUCAAAUUCAGAGUCGACUUGGUCCCCGGAGCUACCCCAGUAGCCAAAGCUCCAUACCGCCUAGCGCCGGUGGAAAUGCAAGAAUUGUCCAUCCAAUUGAACGAGCUGUUAAGCAAAUGGUUCAUCAGGCCGAGCUUUUCACCUUGGGGAGCACCGGUCCUGUUUGUAAAGAAGAAGGACGGAUCUUUUCGCAUGUGCAUUGACUACCGCGAGUUAAAUAAGCUUACCAUCAAAAACCAAUACCCUCUACCCCGAAUCGAUGACCUCUUCGACCAACUUCAAGGAGCAAGUUACUUUUUAAAAAUCGAUCUGAGUGAUGCCCUUCGGGUUAACAAACGCACCUGCGGUUUUCAUGGACCUGAUGAAUCGAGUGUCUCGGCCCUACUUAGACAAGUUCGUGAUCGUAUUCAUCGACGACAUUUUGGUUUACUCACGAAACAAGGAAGAGCACCGCAACACCUGCGACAAGUGUUAGAGACAUUGAGAGCUGAGAAGCUUUAUGCUAAAUUCUUUAAGUGCGAAUUCUGGAUCCGAGAAGUGGAUUUCCUUGGUCACGUGGUCAGUGAGAGAGGGAUACAUGUGGACCCCUCCAAAAUCAAGGCAAUCGAGAACUGGUCAGCACCUACAACCCCAACGGAAAUCCGACAAUUCUUGGGGCUUGCUGGAUACUACCGAAGAUUCAUCCAAAACUUCUCCAAGAUCGCUAAACCACUCACCACCUUGACUCAAAAAGGUGUGAUGUUUAAAUGGGAAGAUAAACAGGAAGCUGCCUUCCAAACGUUAAAAACAAGCCCUGUGCAGCGCACCGAUCCUGUUGCCAGAGGGAACCGAAGACUUUGUAGUCUACUGCGAUGCAUCAAACCAGGGGCUUGGGUGUGUAUUAAUGCAGCGAGGAAAGGUCAUUGCCUACGCAUCGAGGCAAUUGAAAACACACGAGGUCAACUACGCCACGCAUGA